AUGAUAAUGACAACCGAACAAUCUACUAUCUCCACAUCUGUUGCAUCAUCAACAUCACCAUCAAUCCAUCUUCCAUUAAAUAUUCAUGCAACAUUUAAUAUUCAUGGUUUUAAUGAUGGACAAUUUGAUUUUCUAAUUAACAAUUUGAAAAUAAAUGUGGCAAAAGAACUUUGUUAUAUAGCAGCACGAUUAUCUUAUGGUUUAGUUCUUAAUAAUGAAAUUGAACGUUUACAUCUUCCUAUUGUGCCUGCCAUAGCUACAGUUGAAUCAUUGUUGAAGCUCUAUAUUCAAGCUGCAAAUGCUAAUAUUGAAGCCUAUGUUUUAUUGAAUCAACUCACUCAUCCACCAUUGGUAAUACCACAUGAAAUUGCUCAAACGAUAGUCGAAAUUUGCAGAAAUACACCUUACCUUAAAACAUUUUUUAUAUCUAAAUCUGGUCUAAUUUUAUCGUUUCCAUCAUUCAACAAGAAAAGAAAACGUCAGCGUUUGAUAAAAUUAAUGGAAUCUUCCUUAAUUAGAACAGCUAUUGCUAGAACAAUAGCAUUUUUCUCAAAUCCAUCUUUGUAUUUACCUGCAAUUGACAAAUUUAUUAAUGACUUUAUGUUAUGUCGUAGCUCCACAGAUGAAACAAAUUAUUCUCAAUUAUCGAUCAAUAAAAAAAUACUUACUGAAGAGAUGCUUCAACGGUGCCAUAUUGAAGUUGAUACUGAGACAAUUAAUAGAGCUUCUUUCAUGGAAUCUAAACCGAUGAUUUAUCGUCAAGAUGAAACAAUGCUAACUGGUAAAAUUAUUAUUAAUCAGAAGUGGAUUGAUGAGAUGAUCAGUGCAAAAGAAAAUCAAUUAGCUGCACAUGGUUUUUUUGCUUUUGGAAAGAUAUUACACGAAUGUGGACAUAUAUUUACACCAUUCGUGAUGUUUCAACUUGGUUUUGAUGCUGAUCCUAUAACAAAGAAUUUUAUUACACCAACAAAAAUUGGUACUCACGUAAAAGCUUCAUGUGUCAAAGGCGAUGCUGGUUUUGCACUUGAACAACAUGCAUUUGGUGGAUGCUUAUUUACGAUAAGUAAAUCAAAGAGACGUACAUUCAAUAUUCAAGCCGUCACGAUCUCUGAAGAACCACAACUAGGUUUGAAUAUUGAACAUUAUUAUUUAAUACGAACCCAUCGUGUUAAUCAAUAUACAGAUACAUUUAUCAAAGAUUGUCAAUCAUUAGAUCAAUUUCGAAUCGAAUCAACAUCUAAUGAUCGUUAUGGUAUAGCUACACCACAAAAAUUAUAUCAAAUGUUAAAAGAAGAAAAUAAUAAUCAAAGUCCAACAACUUCAUCUUCAUCAUCAGUUUCAUCUUCAACUACAACGCCGACUUCUUCACCAUUACAAGCUAAACGUCGAUCAUCAUUGCUACAGGAUCAUGUAGAAACACCAUGUAUUAUUUAUCCGGAUGAGCAGAGUGACCAAAGACAAUUCUUAACGUCUUCAUCAUCAUCAUCAUCAUCAAUAGAUAGUGACGAUGAUAAUGAAAUUGAAAUUUCCUGUACAUGUUCCCAUCAUGAUCAUGAAAUAUGA